AUGAGACACUUUACCAGCAGAUAACUGAUACCAGUGAAUAACUAGUUCAUACCAUUGGAUAAUUGUUGUAUGUACCAGUGGAUAACUACAUGUAACAUACCACUUGAUAACUGUAUUAAAUUUCAUUGGACAACUGUAGUAUGUACCAAUGGAUAACAGUGUAACAUACCAGGGGAUAAAUGUACUACAUAUCAUUGGAUAACUGUACAAUAUACCAGUGGAUAACUGUGUAACAUACCAGUAGAUAACUGUAAUGUACAAUAUACUUGUGGAUAACUGUGUAACAUACCAGUAGAUAACUGUACUAUAGAAUGUACUAGUGAAUAAUUGUAUUAGAUAACAACAGAUAGUCAUAACUCAUUUAUGAUGGAAAGAAUGACAUUGAUGCUGUUUUUUCUGGCAGUUGGUUUCAUGAAUGUGAAAGGAUGGGUUGCCGAAUCAGGGAAUAUGGAAUUAUAUGAGGUCCAAUACAAUGAAACAAGUGCAAACACAGAGAUCAGAAAUCAACAGUGUCAGGAGUGCAACUGUACUUUGCAGAUUGCAGACUGUAGUAAUAGGAAUAUUGAUUCGCUACCUUUGGAUCUCCCAGAAAAUAUAACAAUGCUGAAUUUAUCCAGGAACCGUAUAAGAAAGCUACCCGACUAUUUCUUGGGUAGAUAUUAUAAAAAUUUACAGACUUUGGACAUACAAUACAACUCUCCAGCGUUGCAUCUCCAUGAAAAUGUAUUUGAAGGACUUGACAAACUUCAGAAGCUUUACAUUGGAAAAGAUGCAAUGGUACAUCCUCUUGUAUUCAAGCCGUUAAGGAAUAUCCAAAUCAUUGAGGUGUAUGGAAAUAGAAGAAGUACAUCACCAAUUCUGAGAGAUGCUUGGCUCGACGCAUUCAAAGGACUUCAAAACUCAACCAUUGAGAAAAUAACUUACGAACACAUCUCAUCAAUUCCAUUUAUAUUAAGAGAAAAAAGUUUCACAUAUUUAAAAAACUGCCAACUGAAAGAAUUAUAUUUGUCUGACAAUAAGAUAUCUGCAAUAGAAACAGGCUUUCUAAAUUAUCUCCCAAAACUGGAAAUACUCGAUUUAACAAAAAACAUGAUAGGAGCAUUUAUUCCUUUUUCAGAUGUUAUUCAGUUAUUUAAAAUGAUUCAUUUGAGAGUGAUAAGAUUAGGUUAUUCAAACAGAAGGGUUUUUAAAGACCUUGAUCAUCCCCGGAUCCACAAUUGUGUAGAUACAGAAUGGCCAUUACCAAUUGGACUUGAAGAACUUGAUCUUAAGUGGACUUCACUUGAUAAUCAACCGGCAUCAGUUCCCUGUGAAUUUAAGUUCCAACGAGAAAACAAGCUGAAGGUUCUUAAUGCUGCUUACACCAAUGCUGUGAUCUACUUUGGGGGUCCUUUGAAAGGAUUGGUUAAUCUACAGCAUUUCAUUUACAACAACAAUGAUUGUAAAAUUGAACCUGAAUUUUUCACUUGUGCAAAUGGCUAUUUUGAAAGUUUACAAGUUCUAAAUUUAGCCUACAACAGAGUCCAGUUGUUUAAACCAAGCUCCAAUUUUUCACUGUUUGAGAACUGUUCAAAGUUGCUACAUUUAGACCUAUCAUACAAUAACUUGGCAGACAUUCCUUAUGAUAUUCUUAAGGAUGUUCCUUCUGCAGAGAUUGUGGAUCUGAGUGGAAAUAAGUUAGUCAACUUUAAUAUACACUUAACUACACAAAUCUCCCUGAAAUUGCUGAAUAUAUCAAAUAACAAUCUCCAUGGUCUCAACGAACCUGCAAGAUAUUAUAUCGCUGCUGCAAAUGAGAGGUCAAAUGGCAAGUUUACUGUUGACCUUAAUGGCAACCCAUUAAUAUGUGACUGUGAUUCAAUCCCAUUCAUAAAUUGGAUUCGGAAUCACAUUGACAUCAUCUACCAAGGUUCUCAUCUAGAAUGUCAUUAUAUUAAUGGGUCACAGAUUAAGUUCACACACUUGGAUGUAUCUUAUAUGAAAAUUGAGUGCUGGAAAAGUGUUAUUAUUGCAUCUGGGACAUCAGUUGGAUUUGUUUUGUUGAUUGUUGGAAUUGUUAUAUAUGGAUAUAAGCGAAGGUAUAAGAUCAUUUACAUAGCUCUACAUUUGAGGGCAUUACUGAGACGCAAGGAGUUGCUAGACAUCAACUUUGAUUUUGAUGCAUUUAUAAGCUACAGUUCUUUGGACAAAACCUGGGCUAUAAAUAAAAUUUAUCGUCAGUUAGCUGGUCAGUAUGGAUACAACAUUUGUGUGGAUGACCGUAACUUCAGACCUGGAUCAUAUUUAUCUGACAUUAUUGUUGAGAGUAUCAGCAAGAGCAACAAAAUCAUACUGGUUAUCAGCCAGAAUUUCCUUAGAAGUGGCUGGUGUAAAUUUGAAAUGAAUCUGGCAAGGGGUGAGCUGGCCACCAGGGGACGGGACUGCUUGAUCUUGAUUCUCAAAGAGCCAGAAGAGUUGCUACCCCAAGAGCUGAUCACACCAACACUGCGCUCUCUACUUGAUACAAGAGUGUACCUGGUGUGGAGUGAAGAAGAGGACAGAAAAUUGCUGUUCUGGAGGAAGCUGCAGGAUGCUUUAGGGGAACCUAGAUUCAGAGGAGAAGAUAAUAAUCGAUUUCUGUACAUGAACAAUGAUGGAGAUGAGGAGAUACUUCGAGAUCUCUUAUAGUUAACACUUAGACUUCAUGUAUAUAAUACCCUAUUAGCGCCCGCUCGAAUAAAUUGUAUUUUUUCUUGAUUUUUGUUUUUCAAGUUGCUAGUCUUUCUUGGAAAAGUUUGGUGUACGUUUAUUGGAGUGUGCGCUUCUAUUAAAGAUAAUACAAUAGUUAAUACAUAUACUUGAUGUAUAUAUAGACAAUGAUGUAGUCAAACUUCUACAUAAUAAACACUUAUACUUGAUGUGAAUAUAGACAAUGAG